GGUCCAGAGUGGCAGUAAAGGAGGAAGAUGGCGGGGUGCAGGGGGUCCCUGUGCUGCUGCUGCAGGUGGUGCUGCUGCUGCGGUGAGCGUGAGACCCGCACCCCCGAGGAGCUGACCAUCCUUGGAGAAACACAGGAGGAGGAGGAUGAGAUCCUUCCAAGGAAAGACUAUGAGAGUUUGGAUUAUGAUCGCUGUAUCAAUGACCCUUACCUGGAAGUUUUGGAGACCAUGGAUAAUAAGAAAGGUCGCAGGUAUGAGGCGGUGAAGUGGAUGAUGGUGUUUGCCAUUGGAGUCUGCACAGGGCUGGUGGGUCUCUUCGUGGACUUCUUUGUACGGCUCUUCACCCAGCUCAAGUUCGGAGUGGUGCAGGCGUCGGUGGAGGAGUGCAGCCAGAAAGGCUGCCUCGCCCUGUCCCUCCUUGAACUCUUGGGUUUCAACUUGACUUUUGUCUUCUUCGCGAGCCUUCUUGUCCUAAUUGAGCCAGUGGCAGUGGGUUCUGGGAUACCCGAGAUCAAAUGCUAUCUGAAUGGUGUGAAGGUGCCCGGAAUCGUGCGUCUCCGGACCCUCCUCUGCAAAGUCUUUGGAGUGCUGUUCAGUGUGGCUGGAGGGCUCUUUGUGGGGAAGGAAGGCCCCAUGAUCCACAGUGGAGCAGUGGUAGGGGCUGGCCUCCCGCAGUUUCAGAGCAUCUCUUUACGGAAGAUCCAGUUUAACUUCCCCUAUUUCCGAAGUGACAGAGACAAGCGGGAUUUUGUAUCAGCAGGGGCAGCCGCCGGGGUCGCUGCAGCUUUCGGGGCCCCCAUUGGGGGUACCUUGUUCAGUCUGGAGGAGGGCUCAUCCUUCUGGAACCAAGGGCUCACGUGGAAAGUGCUCUUUUGCUCCAUGUCUGCCACCUUCACCCUCAACUUCUUCCGUUCUGGGAUUCAGUUUGGAAGUUGGGGUUCCUUCCAGCUCCCUGGAUUGCUGAACUUUGGCGAGUUUAAGUGCUCUGACUCUGAUAAAAAAUGUCAUCUCUGGACAGCUAUGGACUUGGGUUUCUUCGUCGUGAUGGGGGUCGUUGGGGGCCUCCUGGGAGCCACAUUCAACUGUCUGAACAAGAGGCUCGCAAAGUACCGUAUGCGAAACGUGCACCCGAAACCUAAGCUCGUCAGAGUCUUGGAGAGCCUCUUGGUGUCUCUGGUGACCACCGUGGUGGUGUUUGUGGCCUCCAUGGUGUUAGGAGAAUGCCGACAGAUGUCUUCCGCAAGUCAAGUCGGUAAUGACUCCUUCCCACUCCAGGUCACAUCAGAAGAAGUGAAUUCCAGCAUCAAGACCUUUUUUUGUCCCAAUGAGACCUACAAUGACAUGGCCACACUCUUUUUCAACCCCCAGGAGUCUGGCAUCCUUCAGCUUUUCCACCAGGAUAGUACUUUUAGCCCCAUCACUCUGGCGCUGUUCUUCGUCCUCUAUUUCAUGCUUGCAUGUUGGACUUACGGCAUUUCUGUUCCAAGUGGCCUUUUUGUGCCUUCCCUGCUAUGUGGAGCUGCUUUUGGACGUUUAGUUGCCAACGUUCUCAAAAGCUACAUUGGAUUGGGCCAUAUCUAUUCGGGAACCUUUGCCCUGAUUGGUGCUGCGGCUUUCUUGGGCGGGGUCGUCCGUAUGAGCAUCAGUCUCACGGUCAUCCUGAUUGAGUCCACCAACGAGAUCACGUACGGCCUCCCUGUUAUGAUCACCCUGAUGGUGGCCAAAUGGACAGGGGACUUUUUCAAUAAGGGCAUUUAUGACAUCCACGUGGGCCUGCGAGGCGUGCCGCUUCUAGAAUGGGAGACGGAGGUAGAAAUGGACAAACUGCGAGCCAGCGACAUCAUGGAGCCCAACCUGACCUACGUCUACCCGCACACCCGCAUCCAGUCUCUGGUCAGCAUCCUGCGCACCACUGUCCACCACGCCUUCCCAGUGGUCACGGAGAACCGGGGCAACGAGAAGGAGUUCAUGAAGGGCAACCAGCUCAUCAGUAACAACAUCAAGUACAAGAAGUGCAGCAUCCUCACCCGCGCCGGUGAGCAGCGCAGACGGAGCCAGUCCAUGAAGUCCUACCCGUCCAGCGAGCUGCGGAACGUGUGCGACGAGCACCUGACCUCCGAGGACCCGGGCGAGAAGGAGGACCUCCUGCAGCAGAUGCUCGAGCGGAGAUACACUCCCUACCCCAACCUAUACCCUGACCAGUCCCCAAGCGAAGACUGGACCAUGGAGGAGCGCUUCCGCCCACUGACCUUCCACGGCCUGAUCCUGCGCUCACAGCUUGUCACCCUGCUCGUCCGAGGAGUUUGUUAUUCUGAAAGCCAGUCGAGCGCCAGCCAGCCGCGCCUCUCCUACGCUGAGAUGGCCGAGGAUUACCCGCGGUACCCCGACAUCCACGACCUGGACCUGACCCUGCUGAACCCGCGCAUGAUCGUGGACGUCACCCCGUACAUGAACCCCGCGCCCUUCACUGUUUCCCCCAACACCCACGUCUCCCAAGUUUUCAACCUGUUCAGAACGAUGGGCCUGCGGCACUUGCCCGUGGUGAAUGCGGUGGGAGAGAUCGUUGGGGUCAUCACACGGCACAACCUGACACACGAGUUUCUGCAGGCACGGCUGCGGCAGCACUACCAGACCCUAUGACGGCCCGGCUCGGCCUCGCCGCCACAUGCCAGCCCGUCUCUCCAGGAGCUGAAGCUCGGGCUCCGCCGCCAUGGCUGGCGAGGGAUGUUCCCGGGCAUGGAAGAUUCCCAGUCGCCCGCUCACUUGGAAAGCCUACAAUCAUCGAACACGUUGCCGUCAGAGCUCCUGGGGGUAGUGUCAAGCCAUCAGAGUCUGGACUUGUGUGACCUCUCAGCCAGUGUCUUCCCGUUUCCUGCCCCCUGCGCGCCCCCAUCCAGUGCUGGCACAGGCCCCAGCCCCUCCUCCCCGCUAGCACCAGGACCAGAGGGGAAGUCAGGCCUCACCCACUGGCGGCGGGCGCACGGAGCAGGUUCCCCACCACCUCUUUGCUCCUUUCCUAGGGAACCCAGCUGUUGCCUUAAACCAUCAUGGGAGGGACCUUGACCGAGGCAAACACUGGGUGGAAUGCCAGUUGCAGAAUUCAGUCAAUUACUAAAUUGAGGAAUUGGGUCCUGAGAAAACUACGCAUGUUUCAGGGAGGCCCGUUUUCACUGGGACUCUUAAGUUGACAUCUUCAGCAGUUCAUUUUGAGGGAAGUUCUGCUUCUGGGUGUGAGCUGGUGCUCUGGUCUCACCGCUGUGCUGUGAAUCUAGAACCCUAGAAGCACAAAGCAUUCAAAUCCCGCUGAUAGUUCCUGAACAAUAGCUCUGACAGUAGGGUUAGAUUUACACCUGCCCUAGUUUGGAGCAUUUCGGCUUCCUCUCCAUUUUCCAAAUUACCCGUGGUCUCCGAGUGCCACGUUCUUACUCUGGUCCUUUUCUUCUCCAUGGAAUUACUAAACUUUCCUUAAGUUUUACCUGCAUCUUCCUGGUGAAGCAACCCCAGCCCAGAGGAUCUUGGCAUCACCCCUAAAAGCAGGGCACCCCUAGAUAAAGCUGCUUCACUUGACUCUGGGCAAUGGUGCAGUUAUUCAGAAGAUGGAAAGGAGUGAAUCCUGAGCCAGGUCCACUCACAGGUACACGAUGUGGCUUAAAAAGCCAGAGUGUGACAGUACAGCAGAUGUUUAAUCGAGGAAGAGGGUGUCUGCCUUUCUCGAGCACUUCUCACUGGCCGCCUGCUGGCCACCCCCAGCGGUGCAACAGUGGAAACUUCAGGAGGGGUUAACCGCGGGGAGAGGGAGGUGCCUCUUGCCAGCACGUGCCCCGGGGUUUUAACAUCAAGCGGAGGAAGCCUCCCUCUUUCUUUCAGUGACUUAGUUUCCCUUUGGGCUGGUUGUUCCUCUCUGAAGAGGCACCAGAGGCAUUUGCGUUACUUUCCUCUUGUGCUCGCUCUACACGUUGAGCAACGUCUUAGGCCCAUCGUGCAACCAUGUGGCACAUGUGCUCUGAGGGUCAAGGUGGCAUUCAUUUGCAUUACGUUAGUUUUUUGGGGUUUUUUUUAAGUCAUGGAAUUUGCCUGAGGAGGUCAGUGCCAGGCCUCAGCCAUGCCUUUCUCUCCCCUCAGCCUCCUGACUUCUGUUGCCGCCUUUAAGCCUGGGGGGUGGGUGUCUGCCCGGCUUUGCUGGCUCAGGUCUUGUGCUCCACACACUCUAGGGAACAACUCCACCUAUGCCGGAGGCUGCGUCAGCAUCAUUGCCAAUGACUCUGGCCCCUCCAUUCCUCCAUUUUCUUCAUCUCUUUGACCAAGAUUACUUCGACCUAUAAAAUUUUCAACUUCCUUGGGUGCACUUGACUUAUGAAACACAGAUGAAACUCCCAGUAAGCAGUUCGGGAAAUCCCAAGGACCAAAAGGGCAAGCCCUUCUAAUGUGAUUGCGUUCAACCAGCUGCCACUAUUUUAAGGCAGCAUUCGGAACUUGACCGCAUUAUUUCUUCCUUUUAUUAAAAAGGAAACCAAUGCCGAAGUCAGGCGAGUGGCAUGACCGCCCGUACCAGGAACCUGCUUUCCUCUUCCCUCUCCUUUCCUCUCCUGAAAUUGGUAGCACUGAGGUCCUGCUCAAGGAUCUCCCGCUUCCAGAGGGCGGGGUCCCAGGCUGCUGGCCUCCCGGACACCCUGGGUGAGGGGUGUCGGGGUUUAUGCCUCCUGCACAUCACGUCGUGUUUAAGUCACCAGUUAUUUUGUUCCCUUCAGUGUAGCCCAGAGAUAGACGGCAGAGUGCAAACGCCUCCCUCCCCCAGAACGGACUGGACGGCCACCAAGGAGGACCCAAACCCAGCCCCUCUGGAAAGGCACGUUAUUUCCUGUCCUGUCCUGGCGUUUUGCCCUUUGCAGACAAGCCCACAGACAAGCGUGGCUCCGCUUGUAACAAAAUAGCUGUAAGCCUCCCUCCUCUGAUUUGUUACUUAGAAAUCUGCAUCUCAGCAUCCCGCCUCUUACCAGCCUGAUGCCCUCCCAGUGAACCUGGCACCUGGAUAAACAGAAACCCUCGGGGGCUGGGGCCUGGGCUGGGGUUGGGGCUGGGGUUGGCUAGAGAUGGUUUCCUGUUUUCCUGGCUGAGGUGAUGGGGGAGGGGGCCAAGAGUCCCCACCCGACUGGGGGAUCUUUGUGCUCUGGGGGACGAUUUGCUUGUGACCUUGUUUAACAGUUCCGGACUGGGAUGGACACUUGCAUACUUGACUCAGCUGACCAUAUGACAUUUCUGAUGCAAAUUCACGCACUGACACGGCCUUCGGGGGACAAGAAAGCCUCCGGAAAGGCCAGCAGCGCCCUCCCAGGCCUGCAGUAUUGAUGUGCAGUAUUGCCCCACGGCUCGUGGACCUUGGUCAUUUCAACAGUAGCAGCUUCCCUCUUUCUGUUUGCACUGUUUGUUUAAAUGGUAAUGUUAGCUAAUUCUACUGUGUAUAUGAAUUGUAUUUUUUUUUAAUUUGUAAAAUUCUAUUUUUAUUUGAACUCUUGGAACUUGGAAGUUCUCACUGUAACUGU